AUGACGGAAACAACGUGUACGUCCAGCACAGAGCCUGAAGCGGGCAAACUGGUCAUAGGAGGCCACUAUCCCAAUCCCCCAUUGCCGGAGGACGACGUCACGGUCGGGAACAAAUUCAACCACACCAUGCUCAGGAUUCGCGACCCGACGAAAUCCCUGCACUUCUACAGAGACCUCAUGGGCAUGCGGACGAUAUUCACCAUCAACGGCGGACCCUUUACGAACUACUACCUCGGGUUCCCACACACAGCCGAACACCGCAAGGACCUUGGAGCCUUCAGCGCAGAGACGGCCAAGAAUCUACCGUUUACCCCGGGACUCCUGGAGCUGAAACACAUCCACGGUGCCGAGAAGAUGCCAGAAGACUACUACUCCAACGGGAACACGCCGCCGAGCUUGGGAUUCGGGCACCUGGGGUUUACUGUUGCCAACGUGCCUGAGACGGUGCAGCGCCUCGAGGCGGCCGGGAUCAAAGUUUUCAAGCCUUUGGGGGUCGCGAAUCGCGCGUCGAUCCCGCUGAGUGACUGGGAGGCGGAGAGGGGGGUCGGCGUAGGAGACGAGGACAGCAUCCACGACGGAUACAAACAGAUUCUGAGGAGGAUAGCCUUUGUUCAUGACCCGGUAAGUCAGAGUCCGUCUCCUGCGCUUCGAAUUCCACGAGUUGUCAAUUCCAGUGCAGUUGCCCUAGACCCAACAAGGUUGCAGAUGCUCCCGCGGAGGCUUGAUGAUGGACUUGUCGGCUGA